AUGGAGAUCGUAUCAAAUCCUGUUGAGCGGAUUAAGCACUGUUUGGGAGAUGUAUAUUCGGGAUACUUCAUACCUACCGUUAUUUGUGGAAGGUCGCUGUGCUUCAAAAAAGAUUUGAACAAGUUCAUCAAAGACUUCUGUGAUAUUAUUUAUAAGGAAGAUCUAUCUCUGCUCGAAGAUGAGAAUAAGGAUUUUGGCCUGAAGUCGCUCGGUUCCCUGUUCAAAGAGCGUAUGAUAUCAAAACUUCUCACUGUAUCACCGGAAGAAAACAUCUGUGAUGUAUGGAAUCUCCUUUGGGGUGUAUGGGCCGAUAUAUUCAACUCUGAACCAGAAGGGAAAUCUGAGUCGUAUAUCAUACUUCACAAAACAACGUGUGUUUACUUAAUGUUUUAUUUGUAUCACUGUCAAUCCGGAUUAAACAAUUUUGUAAUAUCUCUUUCUUUGGAAACAUUUGAAGCGUGUAUAGAUUUAGCAAAAAUAGUCUUGGAAAGGUUUCAAGUCACCUCAGUAGUUGACGUUUUAAACUAUUUGGUUAGCAAAAAGUGCAUAAAUGUUGCACUCUAUGAUGGAAUUCAAUACCUAUAUCAGAACAAGUACGGAAAACCCCUCACAAUUAAAAAGAAGAGCAUAUCUAGAUCUUGA